AUGUUCGUCAGUGACGAUGUCGAAUACGAGUACAACCACUUUUGUCUUUACCCCGAUGCCCAGCACGUUUGUCACGCCGAUGGCUGUAUAAGGCAGCAUCGUCCCCAACUCGACUGCCUGUUUGCGACAUGCAAAGCUGGAAUCAUCAUGGCCUUCUUCAAGCGAUUAUGCGGGAUUCUCGCCUUCGGUAUUGCAAUUGUACAAGCCCAGAGAGAUGAUCUCGGCCUGGAAAAUGGAUACAUCGAUAUCAAGACCGAGAACUUCAAUGCCCGCAUUGCUCGCGACGCCCAGGUUCUCGUGUCACUGACCUCGGCGGACGACUCAUUCGACUUCCUCCCAUUUGAUCGAAUUGACGUUCGCUCACAAAAUGGGCAGUACCAUUGGGGCGAUAUCACCUAUCGCUAUCGCGGGGAGGGUGACACGACGUGGAAAGGCGGUGAUUCUGCGAAAAGUCGCAAGCCUGUCAAGAAUAUCACCUCCACCUCAGCGCUCACGGCUGCGAAUGUUGCACCAACGCUUCCGGAUAGUCCUCUGAACAUCACGCGCGAAUGGCUCGGCGUGGAUGGUGAUCUAGGCCUUCGCUUCACCAUCACCAAUGGAGGAAACAACACGGUCGAGAUUGGUAGCCUUGGAUUCCCGGCCGAGUUCAACAGUAUCUUUACCAACAGAACUGCUGAAGAUAUGGCAGCGCAUUGCUCCCUUUCAGAUCCCUACAUAGGCCAAGACGCUGGCCAUAUCAGAGUAGCGCCUGUCAAGGGUACCGGGAAAGGCUUGGUGGUAACACCUCUGAACGGAACAAAAACACCACUAGAGGCAUACCGAAAUCUGGACGAGCCUUGGUUCGAGUCAACGGGCUAUGGAAGUCAGACCUUUGAAGGACUGUAUGAGUGGCAGGUGCUGACCAAGGCUUGGGCGGAGAAAGAGUGGAAAGACGUUGAGCCUUGGAAUGAACCAUCUUCGAAGCUGUUGAAACCUGGAGAGUCACUGGAAUUUGGUGUCCGGUUUAGCUUGGCUGAGUCUGUUCGGGAUUUUGACAAGGCUAUUCGCAAGACUGGGACACCGGUCGCGAUUGGAGUUCCGGGAUACAUCAUUCCACGAGAUCUUCCUGCGCAACUUAUUCUCAAAAGCGACGACAAAGUCGACUCCAUCGAAGCUUCACCUGAAGGCGCCUUCGAAGUGAAAAAAGAUGGUGAUGGAAAGUAUACGCUUACCUCAUCUUCCUCCGCCUGGGGUCGUGUUCGUGUGUCCAUCACUUACGAAGACAAGAAGGUGCAGACCGUGCAUUACUUUGUCACCAAGGCCACGACCGAAGCACUCAACGACCUCGGAAACUUCCUGACCACCAAAGCUUGGUUCAACGACUCCUCAGACCCUUUCAAGCGAUCUCCAUCUGUCAUGACUUACGACUACGAAAAAGGCUCCAUCGUUGAGCAAGACCCAAGAGUUUGGAUCGCAGGACUCAGCGAUGAAGGUGGCACCGGAGCAUAUGUCGCUGCAUUUCUCAAACAAGUAUUGCAACCAAACGCUGAAGAGGUUGCGAAGCUUGAUGACAUGGUUAUGGAGACUAUUUGGGGAAGACUUCAAGCGCAAGACUAUGGUGUCCGCAAGUCGCUCUUCUACUACGAGCCUAAUGAAGUGGAUUAUCCUUAUAGCAAGGAUAUCGACUGGACUACCUGGACGUCUUGGGAUAAGAAGUCAGCUGCUAGCUUUGAACGAGCGUACAACUACGUUCAUGUUACGGUGGCGUACUGGUCUAUGUACCGCAUCGUUCGAGCCUACCCGGAUCUGACGACAAAGCCAUGGAUGUGGUACUUGGAUCAAGCGCAGAAGACCAUUCUUCGGAUGACGCAGAAGGACGUAUCGUAUCGCGAUGUUGGUCUCAUGGGCGAGACAGUGUUCGGCGAGGUCUUAGCUGACUUGAAGCGCGAGGGCAAUGAUACUUCCGCUCAGGCUGUGGAGAGUGCUAUGAAGGAGCGUGCUGAGCUUUGGCACUCGCAAGAGAUUCCGUUUGGAAGUGAGAUGGCUUGGGACUCCACUGGACAGGAAGGUGUCUACUAUUGGACUAGAUACUUUGGCUUUGACGAUUCGGUGCAGAAGACGAUUGAUAGUGUCUUGGGGUACAUGCCCAAUGUCCCUCACUGGGGCUGGAACGGGAAUGCUCGUCGCUACUGGGAUUUCAUAUACGGAGGCAAGCUCAAACGUAUCGAGCGUCAAAUCCACCACUACGGCUCCGGUCUCAAUUCCCAAGUCCUCCUCUCGGCAUUCCGCGACAAUCCAUCCGACACAUACCUCCUCCGAACUGGCUACGCUGGGUCCUUCGCGCCAAUGACCAACAUCAACCAAAACGGAUUUCCCAGCGCUGCCUUUCACUCGUUUCCCGACACGCUCGAGUGGGAUGCUAUCACGGGUGAUUACGGCGGUGGCUUGAUCGGUACUGUUCUCAACUCGGGUACUUAUGUCGCCGAUGACGAAGAGCUUGGUAUGGUUGCGUAUGGAGGAAUCUUGUCGAAGGAUGGAAGUUUGUAUACAGUGAAGCCGAGAGAUGCUGUGAGGAAGAGGGUGUUUAACGGACCAUUGAAGAUCUUGGUAACGGUUGAUAUCGGAGUCAUCACUGAGUUUACGUUCGACACUGCGGAUGGAACAGUUGAGGUCACUUUAUCGCAGAUGAAAGACGCACCAAAGGCGACUCAAGCUGUUAUGUGGGUUGAGUCGACGGGUUCUGAGAAGUGGAAUGUCAAGGCUGAUGGAGUGAAAGAGAGUCGGGGAGGUUGGAUCGUGGCAAUUUCCGGCACAGAUUCUAUCACUUUCUCUUUGGCUCGAGUUUAG